CGGUUGUGCACUAAUCACCAUGGUUAACACCCGUAGUGGGAAGAGCACUAGCCCCUAUACCCAGGCUCAACAAGAGCAGAUGGUCGCCUUAGUGAAAGAGAAUAGAGAGAGGAAAGAGCUCCUGAAGCAAGCGAAAUCGAAAGCAAUCGCAGAGGAGCAGGCGGCGAAAAUGAAGAAAUUGGAGGAGGAGAUGGAGGAGAAGAAAAAGGCCGUCGAGGAAGAGGCGGCAGCAAAAGAAGCGGAAGAGAGAAGACGCAGGGAAGCAAAAGGGGAGAGUAGUGGCACGGCGAAUGAGGAUGCAGAGAUGGAGAAGAAUAUCAGUGAGUGGAUAGAUAAUUUAUCGUUGGGGGAAGAUGAGGAGGCACAGUUGUAUGUGCCACAGGAGGAAAAGGAGGCGUUUGCCAGGGCACUAGCAACGAUUGAGGAACCCCUGGAACGACAGGAGACAGAGGAGGAGAAGAAGUUGGAGUGAAAGUUGAGAAUGAAGAGGGAGAAGAAGAGACGGAGGGAGGAAGUUAAUCGAUUGACCACAGAG